UUACAACACUUGCUGUUUCCAACCCCACUCUAUCCCGCUCAAUUUCAUCAGCUGUAUAAUUUAUCUAUUAUAAAUAGAAUCGUUUGUUUAUAUUUUGUCCAAUUUGCGGUUGUCAACAAGCAUUUACACAAUGCGGGUGAACUUCUUGUUAAGCUUUCUGUUAUUUUUAACUCCAACUGUCUGGUGUCAAAGUGGCCAAAAUGACGGAGAAUCAUGGAUUGAUCCCCAUGUUGCGUGGUCGGACUGGGCCCUUACGGAUUCGAAUGCAGAUACAUGUCAAUGCCAGGCAACUCCAGAGUCAAUAGCUGCCAUAGAGGAUGCAGUGGCCUUGACGUAUUUUAAAAAAUUUGUCAAAUUACUAUUUCAACGACAGCGUCUACAGUUCGAUGCUACGUCGACGCUUUACAAACGCUCGCUUUUGUUUAGCUUAUUUCCGGACCAGUUGGAGCAACUGGAGGCAGUGGAAGAUGCCCGGGAUCUUGAUAUAAUAUUAAUGAGGAUAUUGGAGAAUGCGGAAGCGGCACCAUUGUUUCCCGGUGGGAAUGGUUGCUCUUAUACGUACUUCUCUUGGCUUCCGGAUAUUUUCACCGAUUUUAUACAAUUAACUAAACACUCCGAGGUUCGACUUUUGUUGAAAUUGCUAAUAAUAGGUGUUGUCGCCUGGUUGACAAACAAACGUUACGGCGUCGGAGCUCUUACUCUAACUAUAUGUGGAAUAUUUUUCUAUGGCUACUUUAUUACUUAUUUAGAAUGUAACAAGAAACUAGAAGUCGAUGCCAUGAUUGACAUGAUAGACAACAGCCAAAAGUUAGAUUCCUCUUCGCUGUCUUGGGGCUCACGUGCCUGGAAUUAUUUCUUUCAAGAAUCCGAAAUAGACCAACAAAAGGCCAGAUUAAGAAAAUCGGCGAAACUGAAUAUGAGUGAAUGCAGAUUAGAUUAUGUUUUAAUCAUGUACCUAAAUGAUUUGUUUCUCAAGCAAUUGGAAAUGUUGUUGGAGAAGGUAACACAAACCAUGUCAAAACUAUCGUCUGAAAUGCCAUUCCCAUUUAAUUUAAUAGCCCCAUUCGCUUUGGUGGCUUUGGUGGGCUACAUUGUGAAACUAACUUUUAAGUAUGUCAUUAGUCCAAAGGUUUGGAUAAAGAUGCGACACAGUUCGCCACCAGCUCCAGCUCCUCAUCAACUUCAGCCGCAACACAACGAAGCCUUGGGCGAUCGUUUGUCGGGCGAAAAUCUUAAAAUGUUACUUAAUGCAAUCAAUGUGACAAGUACUCAGCAAUCGAGUCAACUACCUGCUGUUUCAGGAGUGCAAGAUAUAUUAGAUGGUCCAUCUCCACUGGCCAUAGAAAAUAAAGCGAAAGCAAGCAACGAAAAGCUGAAUAGCAGCAAAGAUAGCGACACAUCUGUUAAAAAUUCAGCACAGGAUGCUGGUUUUACGCUAAUCGAUGAUCCUGAUAAUGAUCAUAGUGAUGAUAAUAUUGAUAAUCUUUAGCGCUUCCUAUAUUUUUUUUUUUUAAAUAGUAAUCGUGGUGAUUUUUUAACACUUAAUUGGCUAUUAUAGAAUUAGUAAGUUUUCCUUGUUUUUUUUUUAUCAUAGUUAAAGUUUCUUUAUUUAAAUUAUUUUGCGUGUAAGUUAUGCUCUUGUUGCACGAUAAUUAUUAUAUAAGUUAAAUCUCCAACAAUAAGAUUCUUAGGCCUCUGUUACAAUUAUCUGAUAUAUUGUUGUUAUUAUGCUUUGUCGUCGGCCUUUUUCAAAAAUUUGUAUAUAUAUAUUUUAUACCAUUAUGUAUUCUGUUGAACUUUAUUAUUUACAGAGUUAUCGCUCAUUGAGCGACCUUUUCGUGAGUUGCAGAAUAAUUAAAUGUAAGCAAUAAUUAAAUAUUCAUUUUAAAUA